AUGUUUCAGAAAUUGCAGAAUCUUCGACAGGGCAGUCGCACUGUUGAUGAAUACGCAACAGAAUUCUUUAAGAUGAUCAAUAGGGUGGAGGUUCGAGAUUCUGAAGAGCAACUUGUCAUGCGGUUUAUUGGAGGACUCCGUCAACAAAUACAGUUUACUCUGAACCUAUUCCGACCACAAUCCAUCUAUGAAGCCCAUCAACAGGCCAUAACUAUAGAAAAUCAGUCUCGUGCUGGUUCUCAGCCUUGGGGUACUUCACGACAAAACCGAACAACAGCAGCUUCGACAACCACACCUACCCCGGACACCACUUUUAACAAAACAGAAACAGCGAUUGUGCCUGAAACCACCACGCAACAACAACGCCAUGGCGGCCUACAUUGCUUCUCUUGUGGCGAACUUGGCCAUCGUCAGUCUGCCUGUCCUUCACGAACUCGUCGCGGUCUCCUCAUUGAAGAAGCAGACGAUGAUCCAGCUCCUAUCUACGAUGAGGAACCUACUGAAGAAGAAGAAGAAGUCUAUCCUGAUAAUGGACAGCUUCUUGUUCUACGUCGAUCAUGUCUUGCACCUCGCUCAGACAUGGAAUUUCCACAAUGCAAGAGGUUGUUCCAAUCUCGAUGUACAAUUAAUGGUAAGGUCUGCACAUUUGUUAUUUACUCAGGUAGUACUGAGAACGUCAUUGCUGCUGAUGCCGUUCAGAAGCUUGACCUGAAAGAUGAACCGCACCGGUCUCCUUAUAAACUUGCUUGGCUACAACAAGAUCAUGACCUUAUCAUCACUCGACGUGUUCUCGUAUCAUUCUCUGUUGGCUCGACUUACCAAGAUGAAGUUUACUGUGACAUAGCGCCUAUGGAUGCUUGUCACCUCCUUCUCGGACGACCAUGGGAAUAUGACAGACGCGUUAUUCAUGACGGCUUUCUCAACACAUACACCUUUACUUUUGCAAACCGCAAACUUGUGUUGAAACCUACACCUGAAACCAUUACCUUCCCAUCACCUAAGCCGGUCAUGUUCCUCCACAGAAAGCCAUUUAUCGACGCCAUGCAUGACGCAGACAUGGUUCUGGUUCUUGUUACCAAACCAGUAGCCACUCAGCAAUUGCCGCAAGUUCCGGAAGCCUUUAAAACAGUCCUCUGA